AUGCAUUUUACUUCUUUAUUUAUUCAUGAAACAGAUAUGCCGUUUUGGAAUUGGAUGUUAGCAGGCGUCAAACUGACAAAGAAACUUCGGGACUUUUCCGUAAAGGAAGUGAAGAUCGCCGAAGCAGACCAGGCGCGCUCUAGACGUCUGGUGAGGGACUACAUCGAGGACCAGAUAAUGGAAUACUGCCGACAGAACUCUUCUCUUUCGAUCUUAAGAAUGGAGUACACUGGAAGUGUGUAUGAGAGGCUAAAAACGGAAGCUUCAGAUGAGGUAGAUAUCAUGGUAGUAUUGAAAACACAUAAGCCAUGGCUAUGGGGCGAUCCGGAAGUUCUGGUUGAAGAUGUAGGUAAGGCUGGCUAUGCGCUACUCAAGGCAAGAGAUGACUCCAAACUUCUCAGAUACGCCAAUUCUGAAGGAUACAUUGAUCCAGAGAGGCUUCGAAAUGGCUGGUUUCAUGGCCUUGUUGCCCGAGCCGUAAAUGCUUUUAAUGAACGAUUUCCGAAUUCUGAUGAACGUUUAAGUGUGCAUUACCACGGGCCUGCCAUCCAGGUUGUUAUAAAGGAGAAGCAAACCUAUAACUUGCUGUUAUCAGUUGAUCUCGUCCCUUGUUUCGAAACUGGAAAUGACCAGUACUUUGUGCCAAAAUCUAAUAGUUCCAUGUCCAUUUCUCAGCCUGGGUUUCUCUGGAGGCAGUCAUUUUCCCUUCAGGAAAAGUACAUGUUGCUGUGCAUGGAUAGAGAUGAUCAUGGCUGCAGGCAUGAACUUCUGCGAAUCGUUAAAACUAUUGUGAAACGGGAGAGGACAUCCCUCGGAGCAUUGCAGUCAUACCACGUGAAGAGCGCAUUCGUGCAUUACAUUACCAAGAAUCGUCAUGAUUGGGCCGGUCGAAACUCCCUUGGAAAACACUUCCUCGGUUUCCUCAGGGAACUUCUGUCUUUUGUGGAGAGAGGAAAGCUCCCAGUCCUCUGGCAGCCUCGUGUUAACUUGCUAGAAGAAAUGGAGCCAGUUGUGCUUCAACAGAUGGCAAAUCGUCUGAAAAGAAUCCUGAGGAGUGAAGCGGAAAUGGAUCACUUCCUGUCCAGAAUACGACUCGUGCAAGGGGAAUGCACAAUGGCGGAAUUAGCGAGUUGCACGUUUAAGGACUACGCCAUGGCUUGUAUUGGUUUUGUGCUUGAGUUGUUGGCUAAAUUGGCUGUAUUGGCUUUAGUCAUAUUAUUGUGCUUUUUUUUGGUAGCAAUAUGUUUGGUUAUUGAGAAAGAAAAAAAGAACAUACCGGCGUGA